AUGAAGCUUGCGUCUGCCUUGUCGGUCGUACUCGGCGCCGCUGCCAUUGGCGCCGCGUCGCCGUGCCCGGCGCCCAAGGACUGGCUGUCGCAGAAGUGGGAUGCCAUCGUGGUCGGGGCCGGCACGGCGGGCAUCAUCGUCGCCGACCGGCUGAGCGAGGCGGGACUGAAGACGCUGCUCCUCGAGCAAGGCGGGCCGUCGUACGGCGUGACGGGGGGCACCGAGAGGCCGGGCUGGCUCGACGGCACCGACCUGAGCAGGGUCGACGUGCCGGGUCUUUACUCGACCAUCUUCGCGGGCCACUCCUCCCUGCUGUGCCCGCCUCACGUCGUCCGGGCCUUCCAGGGAUGCACCAUGGGCGGCAACAGCGCCAUCAACGCGGGCCUGUACUUCCAGCCGCCCGCGUCCGACUGGGACACGUACCACCCGCCGGGCUGGCACAGCGCCGACGUGCAACCCGCCGUGGCGCGGCUGCUGCGCCGCCAGCCGCCCGUGACGACGUACUCGUCCGACGGGCGCUUCUACGCGCAGAGCGGCUACGACGCCGUGCGCGACUGGAUCGUCGGCGCCGCGGGCUUCGCCAACGUCUCCUUCGCCGACGACCCGGACCGCAAGGACCGCGUCUUUGGCCGUCCCGUCUACAACUACAUCGGCGGCCAGCGCGGCGGGCCGGUGCGCACCUACCUGCAGAGCGCGCUGGCGCGGGCCAACUUUCACCUGCAGACGGGCGUCCGCGUCAAGUACGUCGAGCAGGCGCGCGGCCGGGCGUCCGCCGUGGUCGUAGAGGUGAACGAUGCGGGCAACGGGACCACGACGACGGCGACGGUCAAGCUCGCGCCCGGCGGCCGCGUGGUGCUCAGCGCCGGCGCCAUCCUGUCCCCCCAGCUGCUCAUGUACUCGGGCAUCGGGCCGCGCGAGACGCUGGCCAAGCUCGCCGCGAGGGCGCACACGCCGUACGUCAACGCGUCGUCGUGGGUCGUGCAGCCGGCCGUGGGCGAGGGCCUCUUCGACAACCCCAACACCUUCAUCGAGCUGUCGGGCCCGUCGGUCGCGUCGUACACGUACGACUACGGGGACGCGCUGACGGCGGACCGCAGGGCGUACCUGUCGUCGCGCAGCGGGCCCUACUCGUUCGCCUCGCAGACGUCGGCCUUUUGGGCGUACGUGCCGCACGGCGACGGCUCGCGGACGGGCGUCCAGGGGACCGUCAGCUCGGCCGGCUACGCCGACUUCACCGCCAACAACACCAUCACGCUCAACGUCUACGGCACCUCGGGCGUCCUGUCGUCGGGCCGCGUCGAGCUCUCCGACGACGGCAACUUCACGGCCGGCCCGGGCGGCGGCAUCUACUACUCGCACCCGCGCGACGCCCAGGCCAUCGCCUCCUUCAUCCACUCCAUCUUCCAGGCGCUGCCCGCGUCGUCCCCGGAGUCGCCCGCGCGCGACGGCCUGACGCCGCUCAACAUCCCGCGCGACGCGACGCUCGAGCACAUCCGCGACUACAUCACCAACUCGUCGGCCUACGCCGUCGGCUCCGUCCAGCACUGGUCCAGCUCGUGCCGCAUCGGCGCCUGCGUCGACGUCAACACAAAAGUCGUCGGCUCAGACAACAUUCACGUCAUUGACGCCUCCGUCCUCGCGCCCAUGACGGUCAACCCGCAGUUUGCCGUCAUGGUGGCCGGGGAGCUGGGAGCGGAGAGGCUGCUGCGGCCGAUCAAGGUCUAA